GGGACACAGCCUGUUUCCAUCCCGCUGACUUUGAAAACAUCCGUUUCCUGAUAGAGGCUUCUGCCUUUUGCAGUCACAACCAUGAGUUUUCAGCUGCUUGCGAAUUGUUUUUCAUUUUGCUCAGACGCUUCCGUAGACAAGAUAUCCGUCAUGGAAAUGCAGCUCAGCAGUGCUUCGGCCAGCCAUUGCUAGGAGAUGCCUUGGGCAAGACAGAGGAACGGCUGGCGUACGGCAUAGAGCACAACAGCACUCUCCUGGAGUGUAUCCCCAGGACCUUGCAAGCCAAAGUGAUCUGGUUUGUGCAGAGAGCUCACGAAGCCCGGAAAGAAGAGGUAAAGGCUGAUGAGAGGAUUCUUAAAAUGGACAUUGGCCUGUUGUUUUUAAGACUGCACCGAAUGGAUGCUGGAACGUAUUUUUGCCAGACAGUGGAACACAGCAUCGUUCACACAGUGAGAAAAAUCACCCUGGAAGUCGUGGAAGAGGAACGCGUAGACUACAUGUUCAACAGGGACUACGAAGAGGAUCUAGCUCAGAAAAUGCCCUGCCCUGCACAGAGCGGCAUCUCCCAUGGAUCAAGGCCGUGGUACAAGGAGUUCCUGCAACUGAUAGGCUACAGCAAUUUUCAAAGAGUGGAGGAAUAUUGUGAAAAAGUGUGGUGCACAGAUAAGAAGAGGAAAAAGCUGAAAAUGACUCCAUCUAAGUGGAAGUACGCCAAUCCACAAGAAAAAAAGGCACGUAUCAAAUCAGAGCAUUACCGAGUUCCCAGGCACACCCAAGCUGGCUCCUGAUGGGGGAGAACCCAAUAUAUCAUGCAGCCCCCUCCCACCACCCAAAAUAAAUCCAUUCAGGAGACCUUUGUGGUGUUUGGACCCAACAAAAGGGGACGUUGAGACUGGAAAUAAGCUAAAAUGCUUUUAGUAAGUUAUAUACUUGAUGUCUAUUUAGAUGCAUUUUUUUAAAAAAAGAAACCUACUUAAUUGUUGAAUUUUAACUGUAUCAUUAUGAAUCCAGCUUCAAUUGAAAGACAAUCUGACAAUCUUCAUAUUCAGCAUUUAGUCCAAUUAAUCAUGGACAGGCUUGCACUGUAUAUUUUACUGUAUUUGGGGGUAUUUAAGUGAGUUCAGAAUGCUGAUGUUUUGAAAAGCAAAGCAACCAGUAAAUUGUAUCGUUUGUUUGUUUUUUUUAUUUCAAACAUAGCUAAAAUUGAUUUUCACAUAGCCUAUCCCAUAGCCUCUUUCUAAAUUCUAGGAAAUUUUCCAGUUUUCACUUAGGAAAAAAAGCAUGUUUCUAAUUCUUGCUUGGUUUGCAUAUAUGAAGGCAUAGGAGAAUUGGGGAGUGGAGAAAAAGGUGAUCAUAAAUUAAGGUGACCAACUUUUUUGCAAUGAAAAGGAGGACACAAAUAAAUUGAAGAAAAAAAUAUCGUAAAUAAAAGAAACAUUUUAUUCAUUGCAACAAUAAUACAGACAACUUGCA